UCCGGCGGGCCCGGACGCGGUGCCGAGCCGGCCGCGGGUGUUCCAGGCUGGUCAUGGCGCCGUCCUCCGCUCCGGGUGCCUCGGAGCCCCCCCCGCCGCCGCUGCAGUACAGCCUGCUGCUGCAGCACCUGGUGGGCGAGCAGCGGCGGCCCCGCGCCUUGGACCCUGCGGCUCUCGGCGGCAUCCCCAGCCCGCCCAAGAGCGAGGAGCAGAAGAUGGUGGAGCGGGCCAUGGAGAGCUGCGCCUUCAAGGCGGUGCUGGCCUGCGUGGGAGGAUUUGUUCUGGGAGGUGCAUUUGGUGUCUUCACCGCUGGCAUUGACACCAACGUUGGGUUUGAUCCCAAGGAUCCAUAUCGUACGCCGACUGCUAAAGAGGUCCUCAAAGAUAUGGGGCAGCGAGGCAUAUCCUAUGCAAAAAACUUUGCCAUUGUGGGUGCCAUGUUCUCCUGCACUGAAUGUGUGGUGGAAUCUUACCGUGGGAAGUCAGACUGGAAGAACAGUGUCAUCAGUGGCUGCAUCACAGGAGGAGCAAUCGGCUUCAGAGCUGGUUUGAAGGCCGGCGUGAUCGGCUGCGGUGGAUUUGCCGCUUUCUCCGCUGCCAUCGAUUACUACCUACGGUAGCAGCGGGAUCCCCUGGGAGCAAGUUUCCCUUCUGCUGCUAAGAGCCUGCACCACGGCUGAAGAACCACCAGGCUUACCUUCCCACCGCCUCUGGAGCCCUGAUCAGUGCAAGCUGGAUGGCGUUGGCUGCUUUUCCUGAAUGACUAACAACGAUCUGGCUCUGAGCCCUGCUCUGCCGCUUGGGGCGGGCUUGCGGGAGGACGCGGGGCCAGAGCCAGGCGCAGCGAGCAGUAUCUCCAGGAUGCAUCAGCUGACUGUCAGUUUCCAGGAAACAAGCCUGGACUCUGGGCUUUCUUGAUCCUCAAGGUCUGAUUUUGAUUAAGUCUGUUGCUAGCAUCAAAAGAGGCAGGAGGACACUCUUCAGACAGGUUUAGGUUACCGUGCGGCUGAACGCGCUGCCGGCGUUCAAGUUGUCACUUUUGCAGCUUGCUAAUCUGUUGGGGAGAGGGAAGAUCCUGUGGAGAAAUUAGUUUGUUCCAGGCUUUUCUUAAAAUACCAGCUGAAGACAAACCACCAUCUGCACAACUUGUCUUAUUUCAAGUAGAGAGAUGAGAGCCAGAUUUCUGUACCACGUCUUAAAGGGAAACGCGAAAAGGAAUCCUUAGCCUCAGAACCGUGUGGUUACUGGCAGAGGAACAAAACAGUUUGAGGGGGAAAAAAAAGGAGGCUGCAGAAGUAUAAUUCUCUGUAGCCACUUGGGCAGCCUGAUUUAACCUCACUAUGGGAGUAUAAAAAAAACCCCUUGCUGCUGAUGCUUUUGACUGCCCCAGGCUCACACCAUUAGUUCCAGCAGUUUGAUAGUGAGACUGGAAAGCAGAGCUGUGAGAAUAAGCCACUGUUAGAUAACUGGGCAUUCAUUUAGCACACUCUCUGUUUCCCAUCAUGUCCCUGUACCACCUCUGAAUGCCCCAGUGUUAUAGCUGGGGGAAAUGGAGUGUUAUUUCUGCAGAAGAGUGGCACUGAAGUCAAAACAUCUGUUCAUUAGCUCAAGGAGCUGCUCCCUUCUUCAUUUGCAUUUUCAUUAACCCUCUUGCUCUUCUACCCAAGCGCCUCUCUUAGGCCUCAGGGGGUAACUUUUAUACUCUCAGUAGUUCAGGGUGAUUUUAACCUUCACUGAGCCACUCCACAAGGAGAAACACCCCCCCUCAUCUUUCUGAGGUAGCAGGAUUUCAGAGUCAGUGCACACAUACACACCUAAGAGGGGGUCUCCCACCCCAUUUCCCCUCAUUUGCACCCACAGCCUGACACCCCAGAAUGGUGGCGGCACUUGCUU